UUUUUUGUGAUCUUUUCUUUUUUUCCUUUUCUCAGCACUAUUUAGGUCUCUUUUAUAUGAGGGUUGUGGCCGGAUAAUUAACCCCGUAAACGGUUCAGUCGGGUUGAUGUGUUCUGGGAAUUGGCAGCGUUGUCAAGAAGCUGUUGAAUCAGUUCUCAAUGGCUCAACAAUCAUGCAAGUCCCAAACAAUGAUGAUAAUAGUUCUUCAGAUCAUCAAGAGGCUCAUCAAAUGAUCACACCGUUAAAAAGCUGUGAUAUUCGACACAUUUCCAAGGACACAUCAAGCGGGGUGGUUCACCAGCAAGUCAAAGCCAGGAAUGGGCGGUUCAAGCGUAAGGCCACUAAAGUAGAUGCUUCUUCUGCAAAAGAGUAUUUGAUGAAUAAUGAGCCGCCAUCAAAAUUUAGUAUAAUCGGGUGGGAUUGCUUUGAUCAGAUCGAAGAAGAGUUGAAAUGCGCACCUAGUCAUGACUCGUUCUCUGUUGAAAACGGUUGAACCGUCCUUAAUGUU